CUCUGCUCUGCUGUGACGCUGAUGUUUUCUAUGUGUGAAGCUUUGCUGAAGCUACAAAGUCUCUGUGACUAGAUGUGAAUUCAGCAGUUGAACAUCUUCCUUGUUGUAGUGAGUGAGUGCAUCAGUGCUAUGGAUCAGUGUGAGGACAGAGAGGAGGGAGUCCAUCCCUUUAAAAGCUCUCUGUGUGGAGAACAUGACAGCCAGACCAAAGCUCAGAGGAUGCAGCAGCAGAGAGCAGACUCUCCUGAACCCAGCUGUGUGUCCAUGAAGAGUGACUGGUCUAUGGAUAAUCCUGUUAGGUUUAAAGAUGGACAACCUGCUGAUGGAAGGAUGCAGCAGCAGAGAGCAGACUCUCCUGAACCCAGCUGUGUGUCCAUGAAGAGUGACUGGUCUAUGGAUAAUCCUGUUAGGUUUAAAGAUGGACAACAUGCUGAUGGAAGGAUGCAGCAGCAGAGAGCAGACUCUCCUGAACCCAGCUGUGUGUCCAUGAAGAGUGACUGGUCUAUGGAUAAUCCUAUUAGGUUUAAAGAUGGACAACCUGCUGAUGGAAGAGUUCAGCAGCAGAGCUCAGAGGUUCCCAGUGAUCAGUCUGCACAGCAGAAUCAAACACAGCUGGACUCCAUAUUUAUGCUGCUGGAGGAGAACAUCGUCACUUUUGUGAAGAACGAGCUGAAGAGAGUCCAGAGAGGUCUGAGUCCAGAUGACCCAGAAUGCUUAGAGAGUCAGAGUGAGGAUGAGGAGGUGUUGGACGGUGAGAAGGAAGAGCAGAGGAGGAGCAGCAGAGACGCAUUUCUGAAGAUCACAGUGCACUUCCUGAGGAGAAUGAAGCAGGAGGAGCUGGCUGACCGUCUGCAGAGCAGAAAUCCUGCUGUAGAGUGUCGACAUAAACUCAAGUCUAACCUGCAGAAGAAGUUCCAGUGUCUGUUUGAGGGGAUCGCUAAAGCAGGAAACCCAACCCUUCUGAAUCAGAUCUACACACCGCUCUACAUCACAGAGGGAGGGACUGCAGAGGUCAAUGAUGAACAUGAAGUCAGACAGAUUGAAACAGCAUUCAGGAAUGAAGUCGGAGCAGAAACAACAAUCAGAUGCAAAGACAUCUUUAAAGCCUCACCUGGAAGAGAUGAACCAAUCAGAACAGUGGUGACAAAGGGAGUGGCUGGCAUUGGGAAAACAGUCUUAACACAGAAGUUCACUCUGGACUGGGCUGAAGGCAAAGCCAACCAGGACAUACACUUCACAUUUCCAUUCACUUUCAAAGAGCUGAAUGUGCUGAAAGAGAAAAAGUACAGCUUGGUGGAACUUGUUCAUCACUUCUUUACUGAAACCAAAGAAGCAAGAAUCUGCAGGUUUGAAGAGUUCCAGGUUGUGUUCAUCUUUGACGGUCUGGAUGAGUGUCGACUUCCUCUGGACUUCCACAACAAUGAGAUCCUCACUGAUGUUACAGAGUCCACCUCAGUGGAUGUGCUGCUGACAAACCUCAUCAGGGGGAAACUGCUUCCCUCUGCUCGCCUCUGGAUAACCACACGACCUGCAGCAGCCAAUCAGAUCCCUCCUGAGUGUGUUGGCAUGGUGACAGAGGUCAGAGGCUUCACUGACUCACAGAAGGAGGAGUACUUCACGAAGAGAUUGAGGGAUGAGAAGCAGGCCAGAACCAUCAUCUCCCACAUCAAGACAUCACGAAGCCUCCACAUCAUGUGCCACAUCCCAGUCUUCUGCUGGAUCACUGCUACAGUUCUGGAGGAUGUGUUGAAAAGCAGAGAGGGAGGAGAAGUGCCCAAGACCCUGACUGAGUUGUACAUCCACUUCCUGGUGGUUCAGUCCAAAAUGAAGAAUGUCAAGUAUGAUGGAAGAGCUGAGACAGAUCCACACUGGAAUAAAAAGAACAGGAAGAUGAUUAAGUCUCUGGGAAAACUGGCUUUUGAGCAGCUGCAGAAAGGCAACCUGAUCUUCUAUGAAUCAGACCUGACAGAGUGUGGCAUCGAUAUCAGAGCAGCUUCAGUGUACUCAGGAGUGUUCACACAGGUCUUUAAAGAGGAGAGAGGGCUGUACCAGGACAAGGUGUUCUGCUUCAUCCAUCUGAGCCUUCAGGAGUUUCUGGCUAGUUUUUGUAUCUUCAAGUUAAAAGCAACCCUUUAUCCGGGAGGGAGAAUCUCUCCUGUGUACAAAAACUCUGCUGAAAUCAAACAUCACUCACCAGAGAGGAGGCACACGUUUAGGCUGCAGAGUCCUCAGAUGGACCUGCUCAACAAGGGCAGCACAGUGAGUGAGUGCAGCUCUCCCAGCAGCUGUUUCUCUGCUAUGGAUCAGUGUGAGGACAGAGAGGAGGGAGUCCCUCCCUCUAAAAGCUCUCUGUGUGGGGAACAUGAGAGCCAGACCAAAGCUCAGAGGAUGCAGCAGCAGAGAGCAGACUCUCCUGAACCCAGCUGUGUGUCCAUGAAGAGUGACGGGUCAUUGGGUCGUCUUGUUGAGUUUAAAGAUGGACAACCUGCUGAUGGAAGAGUUCAGCAGCAGAGCUCAGAGGUUCACAGUGAUCAGUCUGCACAGCAGCAUCAAACACAGCUGGACUCCAUAUUUAUGCUGCUGGAGGAGAACAUCAUCACUUUUGCUAAAAACGAGCUGAAGAGAGUCCAGAGUAGUCUGAGUCCAGAUUACCCAAAAUGCCUUGAGAGUCAGAGUGAGGAUGAAGAGGUGUUGGAUGGUGAGGAGGAAGAGCAGAGGAGGAGCAGGAGAGAGGCAUUUCUGAAGAUCAUACUGCACUUCCUGAGGAGAAUGAAGCAGGACCAGCUGGCUGAUCGUCUGCAGAGCAGAACUCCGAAAGAAUGUCGACAUAAACUCAAGUCUAACCUCAAGGAAAAGUUCCAGUGUCUGUUUGAGGGGAUCAUUAAAGCAGGAAACCCAACCCUUCUGAAUCAGAUCUACACACCGCUCUACAUCACAGAGGGAGGGACUGCGGAGGUCAAUGAUGAACAUGAGAUCAGACAGAUUGAAACAGCAUUCAGGAAACCAGACAGACAAGAAACAACAAUCAGAUGUGAAGACAUCUUUAAAGACUUGCCUGGAAGAGAUGAACCAAUCAGAACCGUGAUGACAAAGGGAGUGGCUGGCAUUGGGAAAACAGUCUUAACACAGAAGUUCACUCUGGACUGGGCUGAAGACAAAGCCAACCAGGACAUAGACUUCACAUUUCCAUUCACAUUCAGAGAGCUGAAUGUGCUGAAAGAGAAAAAGUACAGCUUGGUGGAACUUGUUCAUCACUUCUUUACUGAAACCAAAGAAGCAGGAAUCUGCAGGUUUGAAAAGUUCCAGGUUGUGUUCAUUUUUGACGGUCUGGAUGAGUGUCGACUUCCUCUGGACUUCCACAACAAUGAGAUCCUGACUGAUGUUACAGAGUCCACCUCAGUGGAUGUGCUGCUGACAAACCUCAUCAGGGGGAAACUGCUUCCCUCUGCUCGCCUCUGGAUAACCACACGACCUGCAGCAGCCAAUCAGAUCCCCCCUGAGUGUGUUGGCAUGGUGACAGAGGUCAGAGGGUUCACUGACCCACAGAAGGAGGAGUACUUCACGAAGAGAUUGAGGGAGGACAAGCAGGCCAGAACCAUCAUCUCCCACAUCAAGACAUCACGAAGCCUCCACAUCAUGUGCCAUAUCCCAGUCUUCUGCUGGAUCACUGCUACAGUUCUGGAGAAUGUGUUGAAAAGCAGAGAGAGAGGAAAGCUGCCCAAGACCCUGACUGAGAUGUACAUCCACUUCCUGGUGGUUCAGUCCAAACUGAAGAACAUCAAGUAUGAUGGGGGAGCUGAGACAGAUCCACACUGGAGUCCAGAGAGCAGGAAGAUGAUUGAGUCUCUGGGAAAACUGGCUUUUGAGCAGCUCCAGAAGGGCAACCUGAUCUUCUAUGAAUCAGACCUGACAGAGUGUGGCAUCGAUAUCAGAGCAGCCUCAGUGUACUCAGGAGUAUUCACAGAGGUCUUUAAAGAGGAGAGAGGACUCUACCAGGACAAGGUGUUCUGCUUCGUCCAUCUGAGUGUCCAGGAGUUUCUGGCUGCUCUUCAUGUCCAUCUGACAUUCAUCAACUCUGGAGUCAAUCUGCUGCAAGAAGAACAACCAUCUUGGUGGCCUGAAGUGUUCAGAGACAAAUCAACACGUUUCUACCAGAGUGCUGUGGACGAGGCCUUAAAGAGUCCAAAUGGACACCUGGACUUGUUCCUCCGCUUCCUCCUGGGUCUUUCACUGCAGACCAAUCAGACUCUCCUACAAGGUCUGCUGACACAGACAGGAAGUAGCUCACAGACCAAUCAGAAAACAGUCGAGUACAUCAAGAAGAAGAUCAGUGAGAAUGUGUCUGCAGAGAGAAGCAGCAAUCUGUUCCACUGUCUGAAUGAACUGAAUGAUCGUUCUCUAGUGGAGGAGAUCCAACAGUACCUGAGAUCAGGAAGUCUCUCCACAGAUAAACUGUCUCCUGCUCAGUGGUCAGCUCUGGUCUUUAUCAUACUGUCAUCAGAAAAUGAUCUGGACGUGUUUGACCUUAAGAAAUACUCUGCUUCAGAGGAGGCUCUUCUGAGGCUGCUGCCAGUGGUCAAAGCCUCCAACAAAGCUCUGCUGAGUGACUGUAACCUCUCAGAGAGAAGCUGUGAAGUUCUGUCCUCAGUUCUCAGCUCCCAGUCCUCCAGUUUGAGAGAUCUGGACCUGAGUAACAACAACCUGCAGGAUUCAGGGGUGAAGCAACUGUCUGUUGGUCUGGAGAAUCCACAUUGCAGACUGGAAAGUCUCAGUCUGUCAGGAUGUCUGAUCACAGAGGAAGGCUGUGCUUCUCUGGCCUCAGCUCUGAGCUCCAACCCCUCCCAUCUGAGAGAGCUGGACCUGAGCUAUAAUCAUCCAGGAGACUCAGCAGAGAAGAAGCUGUCUGCUAGACUGGAGGAUCCACACUGGAGACUGGAAACUCUCAGGUUGGAUCAUGGUGGACUGCAGAGACUGAAACCUUGUCUGAGAAAGUAUGCCUGUGAACUGGAACUGGACCCAAACACAGUAAACAGAAAACUCGUACUGUCUGACAACAACAGGAAGGUGACACAUGUGGAGGAGGAUCAGUCAUAUCCUGAUCAUCCAGACAGAUUUGAUCACUGGCCUCAGCUGCUGUGUGGAAACGUUCUGACUGGUCGCUGUUACUGGGAGGUCGAGAGAACAGGAAGUCUUUCUGUAUCAGUGAGCUACAGAGGAAUCAGCAGGACAGGAGAGAGAGAUGACAGUGAGUUUGGAAGGAAUGAUCAGUCCUGGAGUCUGUACUGCUCUGAGGAUGGUGUUUACUGUGUCUGGCACAAUAAGACAGCAACAUCGAUGCCCUCCUCCUCCUCUUCCUCUUCCUCAUCCUCCUCCUCUUCCUCUUCCUCCUCCUCUAUCCCUGACAGAGUAGGAGUGUAUGUGGACUGUCCUGCUGGCACUCUGUCCUUCUACAGAGUCUCCUCUGACACACUGAUCCACCUCCACACCUUUAACACCACAUUUACUCAGCCUCUGUAUGCUGGGUUUGCAGUCUGGUCUGGUUCAGUCUCUCUGUGUCCUCUGUAGGAGGGAGA